AUGGAAAGCCCUACCGCGGCCUGGCUGUAUCAUAUAUGGCUACUCAUCCGGCGCUCAAUUAGGCACCGCACCAUACCAGCCUGCAAUCACCAGCAAUUCUACACGUUGGGCGUGGAAUUGGCUAUCGCCGGAAAUCCCACCCACAUAAUAGCCCUCUACUGCCCGCCAGGGGGCGAAAUUUACACCGGAGACGCUGCGCACGCUCUUCAACCACGACCAGCCGGCGAUCAUCGCGGGCGAUUGGAACACAAAACAAACCGAUUGGCACGCUAA